GAUUUUAUUUUAUUUAUAACAGAGUUUUCAAUUAAAACUUGACCUGUUUGUCCUUAUAUUGGGGUUCACUUUUCUGCUUACAAAUAUGUAAGUACAUGGAGCUAGAUCAUUGAAUUGUCAGAAAGUUUCCUUUGGAAAAAUGUAUCAAGAUUUCCAACUUCUCUCUUUUUUCAUUUGUUUUUUAAUAUAUAAAACUGACAAUAAAGUUCACUUUUUUGGUUACAGUUUUAUGAGUUCUAACCAAUGUGCAAAGGCAUGUAACUAUCACCACGUUCAAGAUACACAACAGUUGCCACACACACACACACACACAGAUUUCCCUGUAGUUACUCUUUUGUGGCCAAGCCCUUCCCUCGCCCUUAACCCCUGGAGAUUACUCCAUCCCUAUGGGUUUACCUUUUCCAAGUGCCAUAUAAAUGGAAUCAUAGCAGCAUAUCCUUUUGAGUCUGGCACCUAUCACUUAGCAUAAUGCAUCUGAGAUUCAGCCAUGUUGUUGCAGGUAUCAGUAAUUUGUUUUCUUUCAUUACUGAGUGGUAUUCCAUUGUGUGGAUGUGCCAUAUUUGGUGUAUCCACUCCCCAGCUGAGGAAGAUUUGGUUUGUUUCCAAUUUGCAGCAAUCAUGAAUAAACUGGUCUAAGCAUUCGUGUAUAGGUUUUUGUGUAAAUGCAAGUUUUCAUUUCCCUUGGAUAAAUAUUUGGAGUUGUGAUGUUUUUAUUUUGCAUUCAUCCCUGGGGGAUAUUUUGGUCAGACAUAUAGAGAGAAUUUGGAGUUGAUAGUUCUUCCCUGUCAACAAUUUAGUAAUGGUGUCCUGCUGCCUUCACUGCCUGUCCAGUUCUUCUUCAAGUCCUUCCCACUAUGGUAUUUUGUCCAGAUGUCGUGCUUUUGUUGUUUUGAUCAGAAUUUCUCAUUGUAAUGAGAGAAGAAGAGAUAGGCUGAACUGGGCUCAUUCCAUCCUGGCUGCCACCAGAAGUCCCAGUUCUCUGUUAACCACUGGGAAAAGACAUUUUGCAAAGAAAUUAUAGCUUGAUGACCGAAAUCAGGGCAGAGCUUUUCCUUCUUACCCAGAGCACACUCAUGCUCCUAAUGACUUACUGUGAGGUCUCUUAGAUGAACUGCCCUGUAACAUGAUGCAGUCAAGCAACCUUCUUCCAUACAGAGUGCCCAGGCCUCUCUUCUGGGCUUGCUGCAGCCUACAAAUAACCCUUCCUCAUCCGUGAAAUGGUAAUGUGUCACCGCAGUGGUGCUGCUAUAAAGUGUAAUGAAGAUUUAGGGGAAAGGAGAGGUAAAUUAUUGGAUGUCAUAGUGCAUGUGGGGAAAAUAGAGGCACUUUUCACUUGUACUUCUGUGAGAUUCAUACAGUAUCUUCCAGUUUGGCUCUGGAAACCAUGCAUUGCAAGCAAUUUUAAAUUAAGGUUUCUAUAAAUAUGGACUUAGUGACAGGAAGGAAUGUGGCAGGGACAUACCAAUAAGGACAGGAGAUGGGGAAUUGGGAAAUGAUGUGAAACAGGGACCAAGAAGUUCAGUGCACAUCAUAGACUUUAUGCUCAUCAGGAUUUUUAAUCAGGAUUAAAAAUAAUCUCUCCAGAGGUUGCCCUGUCUUUCAGGCAUCAACCUGUCAUAACAGCAGUAACAGGAUUGUUAUGACACCAGUUGCGUCUUUUGAUGACUGAUGAUACCUGCCCAUGGCCCCAUUGUUUCUGUAGCACUGGGAAGUAUGGGAAGAUUUGAAAGUAGAAAGGGAGUGUGAAUCAGGGAUUAAAAUAACCCCCAGUUAGCUAGACUUAUUCACUCUGAACUAGAGCACGCAGUUGGCCCCAAGCAGUUAGGAGACCCAUGAGCCUUUGUGGCCUAUGUGGUCGAUCACAUUUCUACACGGACUACUUCAGUCAGCUCACAUAUCAAUUCCAAUUGUGAGUUUUCCUCACUCCUUUGUAUAGUGUGCAGACUUGGCUUUAGCUACAGACCAUGAGUUGCUCUUUAAAACACUUUUCUUUUCAUCUCCAACAUACUGGAAGGCAGAGAAAAUAACCUGGAGUAUUAAAGACCAAUGCAUUUGACCUUUCUUUCUUUCCAUCUUCCCUUCCUUCUUUCUUUUUUCUUCUCUCUAUCUCUAUCUUUCUGUCUUUCCUUUUUUGUUUUUAACAUAAACUGCAUGUCUGUGCCUGUGAAGAUCUGCUUUGUUUUGAGAAGCUGAAUUAUGCAAUUUUUGCCACACCCUGUGCACAUCCCCACUUCCAUGCUAGGCUCCGUUCCCCUGUCUCUUUAAGGGAUUUAGCUGGAGAAUGUUCCAUGGGAAAGACAGAGAAGUUCCCUAACGUCAUAGUUUGUUUCUCUCCUAGUAGCUUAUCUUGCUAAACUCAAUGCUUAAUGAGGGGUGGAGGAGGAAGAGGGUGGGACAGAGGGAGGGCAGGGUGUUCCUCUCGCUCUUUCAAUAGCUGUAAGUUUUCGCAGUGCAAAGGGCUCCCACAAGCCGCUCCCAGGUGCCUUUCCCACUUUGCCCUCCUUUUCCCCUUCCCUCUUUUCUUCUCUCAGUCUCUCCCCAAAUCUGGUGCAGUUGUGGUUGGUAUGUUGAGGAAGGGGAGAGGAGUAUCUCCUCUCUCCACAUUCUCUUACUUUUUCUCCCCACAUCCAUUCUUGGCUAGUCUACAAAAACUUCAUAAUGGUUUUAGUCUCAGUUUGUCCUAAAAAAACAAAAACAAAAACAAAAAACCAUGUUGUCCAUUCAGUUCCUUCUGACAGUCUGAUAUGUUCUUUUAGAUGGUCAGUUAUUUGAUGGCAGAUAAUGUAAAGGUCCAACAGAAAUGGAGCAUUCAUGCUCCAGAGCAUGGCAUGGCUCACUCAUUUGGGAUAAUUCCCCUUGGAGAGGUCUCACCUGUUUGGGGGGAGGGGGAAAGAAAGAAGAUGCUUUCUAUCUCUAGGUUCCAUUCAGCUCCCUUAUUUUCCUGAAUGUGCACUGGUCUCGCUGGAUUAGAGGCUAAUUGGGAUUAGUCAGAAGUCCAGAUGAGUUAGAGCUGAGAGCUAAGACAAUAGCUUUUAAAACAGUGGCUUCUCAACAUUUUUAUGUAUUCAUAAUUCAGUUUUCAAUACUAGAUUUUUUAGCCAGCACGCUCGAAGGGAUUUAAAUACACUUAAUGAGACUAAGAAGUAACACUGGCUAAGUCAGAGAUAAUUAUGACACAGUCAUUUUCACAGUUGUAAUGUCUCAGAUUGUCCAUACAGCAUCACUUCAUGCCAUUCGUCAGCACUGUGUUAUUGAGCAGAACCAUGUGCUGCCCUGCCAGAAGUAUCUUAUAUAGUAUAUACCAUGAGACAGAGUCCUCAAAUAUUCCAGCCCACAUAUCAUCUUUGUUGCUUGCUUGACAGUACACCAUGUUAUCUGCCUCUUACUAGCGGCAAGUCACGUCUCAUCCACAUCUUAUGAUACAAUCAGCAUAAUGUUCCAUCUGAUACACAUCACCCUGACGGGAUGUAUAUUCACUGGUGGCAAAGCUGUGUAUCUCAGGGAUCAGCAGACUUUUGCAGUAAAGAGCCAGAUAGUAAAUAUUUUUGACUUUGUAAGACAUUUGGUCUUAAACUUUCAGUACAGCUUAUACAACUACAUAAAAAAGUUAAUCCAUUCCACUCAGAAAGAUUGCUCUGUUUAUUUCCAAUCACUUAAGCCAUGUGAGUGUCUUAACUCUCAGCACGAGCAGAAAAUCUGCAUGAUAUAACACCCUACCUUCUCUAACAGGAAGGAGCAAGCCAGGGUGCUUGUUAUUGUUGGCACUCGUGAUUUAACACUUGAACUCAUGCCAGGAACAGGGCGGACAGGAAGAACUCGGGAUAAAGAAACGCAUUCAUUCCACACACUGCGAAACAGUAAUAAAAGAUCUACAGACGUUUGCAGUAGACAAAAAUGCUGGAUUGUCAAAGUGCUAAGGUACACACACACUUUUCCUGUAUAUAUUUAAACAAAGUACAUAGUAAUGCCGGAAGGACUAAGUACCAGUUAGAAGGCCGAAAUGGGAAAAAUCAUAAUAGUUUUCACAUUUUUUACAGAACAGAAGUGGUUAACCAUCUCUCUAAAUUUUAUUAGCCUGUAGUCUGUUGUGUGCACAACGGUAUUGGUAAAAAGAGAGCGUGAGCUCAUGCCAGACUAUAGCUGAGUAAUUAGAAACCAGCCUCUUUCAUCUGUGAAGGUGAAUAAUAUACCACUGGUUAGAACUGGGGAGGAUGUCAACACGAAGUAGACAGAUUCAGUGAGAAUAAAGAUUCAAAGUGAUCCUCUUUAAAUCAGGUGAGGAACAACGGUCACUGUAAGUGCUGACUGCAGCCCUUCAAUCCAGUCCUUAAACUUUACCAGCAUGCUUUGUUUUCAUUGGCUUAGGAAAUUAUAGCAGGGUCAGCAAACUACAGCGGAUGGACCAGAUCCAGUCUGAUGCCUGUUUUGUAAAUAAAGUUUUAUUGGGACACUGUCAUGCCCACUUGUCUACGUCUGUGGCUGUCUACGGCUGCUUUCACAAUGCAGUGCCAGAGGUGAAUGGUUGCAACAAACAUUGAAGUCUUCUGUCUUUUAAAUUUGCAGUUCAGGUUUGAUAUGGACUGUAGUAUUUCAUAGCUCAUGUGAAAGAACUCAUGUGGAUUCCAGUCUCAAUUAAUCAGGACUUGGUAUAUGAAAUCUGCUCUAAAGCUCUUAUGAUAGAAUCAGAGAAGAAGGCUAUAACUGUCUGAGUGGGCCAGAGGAACGUUUCUAUUCAGCUGUACAAGUCGUCCUGCAAGUUUGGUGGUCCUGUAUGUCUGACCAUUUCCCUUUUCAGUUCUCAGGUUGACUUAACUCCCCAAUGUAGUCCAUCAUGGUAUUUUCCCUGCCUGAGUACUGUUACACUAGAAAUACCCGUUUAAGCAUGAGAACUACCUGCUUGCUUUUUGGUUUCCCAAUGCAAGUCCACCUAGGAGAUGCUUAGAGGAAGCAGAAAGGAGACUGCAUCAGUUGAAGUUGAAGUUUUUUUUUUUAAAUUGGAACAAGUGAGCAAUUACUGACCUCCUCCAAGAGCAUAAGGAAGUAAGGAACAGGGCUUUGUAAAGAGCAAAUUGUGCCAGACCAAUUUAAUUUCCUCCUGUGACAGAGUGACAGAGAUGAUAAAGAAAAAGAAAUAGAUGUUAUCUAUACGGACUCUAGAAAGGCUUUUGAUUUCAUCCAACACGACAUCCUCAUCAAUAAAUCAGGAAGGUCUGGCCCAGAUCAUGGUGCAGUUGGGUGAGAGCCCCACCUGGCAGGAAAGCGUCACUGUAAGUGGGAGCUGUGCGUCCUUCUGUGUUAUUCUAGGCCUGGUUCAGUCACCCCACCUUGGAACUCUGUUUGGAGGAGCAACAUACUUGGUAGGUUACCAGAAUACUUUUGAAACCAGACAAUAUGUCAAAGUGAGUAUAAGGGUAAAUAAGUAUGUCUCUAAAAGUUGAGGAACCAGACCCAAGAAAAGAUUAAAUUAAAUUCAUAUAUAGCAUAAAAACACUGGGGCACAAGAAGGAAACUGAAUGUAAGAUAUGAAUGAAGCUGCCGUCACCACUUCAUGGCACACGAAGACCUCGACUCACAGAUCUAGAGCUGAAAGGACGUUUAGUGUCAAAUUCCCCAUCUUCCUCAUAUCACAGAAAGCUGCCAGCCCAAGAGAGGAAGUUAUGUGCUCAAGGCUACACAGCUGGUUACUUGCAGGACUGGGACCAGAACUCUGAGUUCAGUAUUCUUUUUACUACAAACUGUCACUGUUGACUUUAAAAAAAAAACCAACAACUUUCUUGAGACAUAUUUUAAAUAUCAUGGCAUUCCCCUGUUUUAAGGAUACAACUCAGUGACUUUUUUUUUUUUGGUAAAUUUACCAAGUUGUGCAGCCACCCCUAAAAAUCAAUUUUAUUUAUUUAUUUGUUUGUUUGUUUGUUUGUUAAAUUGAAGUACAGUCAGUUACAAUGUGUCAAUUUCUGGUUAUAAGUCAAUUUUCAAUCAGCUCUUUUUGGGGGGAGGGGAGGUAAUUACAUUUAUUUAUUUAUUAUUAUUAUUAUUUUUUAAUGGCGGUACUGGGGAUUGAACCCAGGACCCUGUGCAUGCUGAGCACACACUCUAUCACUGAGCUAUACCUUCUCCCCUCAUAAAUCAAUUUUAGAGCUUUUCCAUCACCCCAGUAGGACUGUCAUUAACUGUUAAUUCCUCUCACUUACCUAUCUCCUAGCCCUGGGCAACCACUGUAGAGUUGUAAGUCCUUCUGUGUUAUUCUAGACCCGGUCUAGAAUAAAGACUAGAAUAGAGACUUUCUGUCUGAAUAGAUUUGCCGUUGGUUGACAUUUCAUGUAAUGGGAUCACACAAUGUAUGGUCUCACGUCUGGUUUCUCUCACUUAGUGUAAGAUUUUGAGCUCCAUCUGUGUCAUAACAUGUAUCAGUAAUUCAUCGCUUUUUAUUGCCAAAUAGUACUCCAUUAUACAGAUAUAUCACAUUUUGUUUAUUCAUUCACCUAUUAGUGAAUGUUUAGGUUGUUUCCACUUUGGGGCUAUUAUGAAUAAUGUUGCUAAAUAACAUUCAUGUAUCACUGUUAGCUUUUUAAGUUCAAUAACUCUUCCCCCUCAAAUUGAGGUUAAAUUUUCCAUUGACUGUGGCCUCUUCUCCUGUGGUUUUUCUCCAGAUAUGGACAGUAGAGUUCCCCCAGAAGGCAGCCAAAGUUGCUAUUAAUGUUCUAAUAAAUAGCCUUGGGGGAUUAACUAGUCCAGAGAAGAAAAGUCUUGUUAAUCUAAUAACAGUCUUUUAUUCUAUGAUGGCUUAUGAGAAACUGUUAGCCAAAUGCUCUCCAUCUUCAAAGAAAAUAAAUGAGAGGAAUUGGAUUUAAACUUCAAUUUAAAAAAAAAAGCACUACAGAUAGACAUAAGGAGGCCCAUUUUAUCUGGCAGUGGAUGCUAUCAAAUUAAUUUGCAGCAUUAUAAAAACAAAGCCCAUGUCAUUUCCUCAGAGAGAAGCUUAUGUGAAUGGAUUUAAAUCUGUCUGAGGCCAGAUGGCCCCUUGGGAUCCCCUACAGGGAAGACAGUCCUUUUGUGGUGCUUCUUCUGUGUGGUUAAGGAAGGCAUUUGGCCUUUGGUGUUCACAGGGACCAUGUCAUUGUGCCCGUGAGACCAGGUAUUGGAGUUCUUGUGCCAUAACCAGUCGUCGGAGAGUGUUUCCCAAGCCCCUGCGUGUGGCAGAAGGAGACACGUCUCCCAUGUCCUACACAGAGCCGUGUCCCUGGCUAUUGUCCCCUCCCUAGUAAUAGCUAGAAUAAUCAUUAUUCAGUUCUAGAACUGUGCGGCUUACAAAGUAACUUUACAUUUAAUCUCCUUUUGACUUCUAUCAGAGCCUUGGUAGUGUCCACAGGAACCUGUGAGGAGUUCCAGGUCCUUUCCAGUUUUAUUCUAUCCUGCUGUGCUGCCUUUGAAUCGCAUCAUUCCCAGCAGUAAACUCUCAUCACAUCAGACUGUUCACCACCCCCUGAAUAGCACACAUCCUUUUGUUCCUCUCUUUUUACUGUACUGUCUCUUUAAAUAUGUCUCUUGUCUGUUUGGAGAACCCUAACGCAGCCUAUAGUCAGGCCUACACGUUGUCUCUUCUGUAGGUAAGUGUUCUCCGUUCCUUUGCCUCGAGGACCUCAUUGCUUCCCUUUUGGGCAUCCUUAGUGGUUUGAUAAUCCAGUACCGUUUAUUACGUGUACAACCUUUUAUAAGUAGCUUAACUUCUCUGAGUUUUUCUUUUCUUUAUCUUGAAUGCUUUUCUUUCAUUCAGGGGAAUUCGAUGAAACCUACAUAACAAAGAAUAUGUUAUACAAGUAUUCUAUACAGAUGUAAUCGUUUAGCAUUAAUAGUAGAAAUGUGAAAAUAGACUUCAGAUUAUACUUACAACUACUUUUCUGUGGGUCUCUGAUCCUUGAGCACUGCGAUCCUGAUAUAUUCAUCUUUCUCUGCUAAACACUGAAUCCAAGACCUGAAACAUAAUAAAUGAAAUUGAAUCAUGAAUUAGGCAGGGGAGAUACAAUUAUAAUUUUGCAGAUUGAAAUAAAGGCCCAAAAUGCUGGGUGAUAUCAUGAUUUAGUUAUUAUGUCCUGGCCACCUUUCCCUGAGUUUACCAAUAGAACCUCCAGAGACUUCUGAAGGACUUGUACCCUGACUCUACUUUGUAUCAAAGGUAAGGUUUCUCAAAGUAUUGUCUGGGACCACCUGUCAUAGACUGAUUUCUGAAAAUACUUAUUAAAAAUAUAAAAUCAAAUCUCACUAAUAUAAUUUUGAGCAAAAUAAGCCAGACACACAAAAUCAGAAAAGAGAGGCAGUACUACCAACUUUACAGAAAUAAAAAGUAUUACAAAAGAGUACUAUGAGCAACUGUAUGCCAACAAAUUGGAUAACCUAGAUGAAAUGGACACAUUCCUAGAAAUGUACAAUCUACCAGGACUGAAUUAUGAAGAACUAGAAAGUCUGAACAGCCCUAUAACUAGUAAGAAGAUUGAAUCAGUAAUUUUUAAAAACCUCCCGACAAAGAAAUUCCCAGGACCAGAUGGCUUCAUUAAUGAAUUUGAAGAAGAUUUAACACCAAUCCUUCUCAAUCGCUUCCCAAAAAUCAAGGAGGAAGGAAUACUUCCUAACUCAUUCUGUGAGACCAACAUUAUCCUGAUACCAAAGUCAGAAAGAGAUACUAUAGUUGACCCUUAAACAACACAGAGGUUAGGGGAAGCGACCUCCUGUGCAGUCGAAAACUUGUGUAUAACUUUACAGUUGUCCCUUUGUUUCCAUGGUUCUACAUCCACAGGUUCAACCAACCUCAGAUGAUAUCCUGCUGUAGUAUGUACUUAUUGGGGAAAAAAAGUCCUAGUAGAAAUGAACCCACAUAGUUCAUGUUGUUCAAGGAUCAACUGUACAUGAAAACUACAGACCAAUUUCCGCUAUGAAUAUCGAUGCAAAAAUCCUGAACAAAAUACUAGCCAACAGAGUUCAACAGCACAUUAAGAGGAUUUUACAUCAUGACUAAGUGGAAUUCAUUCCCUAAGUGCAACAAUGGUUCAAAAUCAGUCAAUGUAAUAAACCCCAUUAACAGAAUGAAGGGGAAAAAAAAAAACCUGGUUAUCUCAAUUCAUGUAAAAGAAAAAACAUGGAUGAAAUUCAACACCCUUUCAGAUAAAAAACUAGGAAUAGAAAGAACGUGCCUCAGCAUAAUAAAAACCAUAUACGGAAUGCCCAGAGCCAACAAAAUACUCAGUGAUAAGAGCCUGAAAGCCUUUGCUGUAAGAUUAGGAGCACGAAAGGAUGCCUGCUUUCUGUACUUCUAUUCAGCGUAGUACUGGAAGUCUUGAGCCAAAGCAGUUAGGCAAGAAAAGAAAUAAAAAGAACGUCAGUUGGAAAGAAAGAAGUAACAUUACCUCUGCUCACAGAAUACACGAUCUUGUAUGUAAAAAAAAAUCCAGCAGAUUAAACACACACACACACACACACACACACACACAUACACAGUUAGAACUAAUAAACUAAUUCAGAAGAGUUGGAGGAUACAAAUCAACACACAAAACUUAGUUGUGUUUCUAUACACCAACAGUAAACUAAAAAGGAAAUUUUAAAAAGCCACUCUAUUUAUAACAGCAUUAAAAAGAAUAAAAUACUUAGGAAUAAACUUAACCAAGGAGGUGGAAGAUUUGUACAUCAGAAACUACAAAGUGUUGAAAGACGUUAAGGAAGACAUAAAUAAGUGGAAAGACAUUCUGUACUCAUGGAUUGGAAGACUUAGUAUUGUUAUGAUGUCAAUACUAACCCAAAGUGGUCUUACAGAGUCGAUUCAAUUCCUAUCAAAAUCCCAACUCCUUUUUUUUUUUUUUUUUACAAAAGUAGGAAAAUCCAUCCUAAAAUUCAUACGGAAUCUCAAAGGACCCUGAAUAGCCAAAGUCAUCUUGCAAAAGAGCCAAGCUGAAAGUCCUAUACUUCCUGACUUCAAACUUAACUACAAAGCUACAGUAAUCCAAAUAGUGUGGUGCUGGCAUAAAGGAAGAAGUAUAAAGCAAUGGAAUAGAAUAGAGGGCCCAGAAAUAAACCUGUGGGUGUGGAUACAGAUGAUUUUCAACAAGGGUGCCAAGACCAUUCAAUGGGGAAUGAACAAUCUUUUCAACAAAAUUGUGCUGAGAAAAGUGGAUACCCACAUGCAAAAAAGAUGAAGUGGACUCUUACCUGAUGCCAUAUAAAAAAUUAACUCAAAAUGGAUCAGAGACCUAAACAUAAGAGCUUAUAACUAUCAUGUUUUAUCUUAGACAAAAACAUAGGGGAAAAGCUUUGUGAUACUGGAUUUUUUUGUUGAUUUUUUUGGAUAUGACACCAAAAGCACAAGCAAUAAAAGAAAAAUUAGAUAAAUUGAACUACAUUGAAAUUUAAAACUUUUGCACACUGAAGGACACUUGUCAACAGAGCAGAAAGGCAGCUCAUGGAAUGGAAGAAAAUAUUUGCUAAUUAUAUAACUGAUAUGGAGUUAAUAUCCAGAAUAUAGAAAGAACUGCAGCACAACAUCAAAAGCAAACAACCCAAUCAAAAAGUGGGCAAAGGACUUGAACAGACAUUUCUCCAAAGAAGAUAUACAAGUGAUCAACAGGUAUAUGGAAAGAUGCUCAACAUCACUAAUCAUUAGGGGAAUGCAAAUUAAAACCACAGUGAGAUAUGUCACACCCAUUAGGAUGGCUAUUACCAAAAAAAAAAAAAAAAAAAAAAGAGAGAGAGAGAGAGAAAGAAAGGAAAAAAAAAAAAAAAACAACCCAGAAAAUAACAAUUAUCAGCCAGACUGUGGAGAAACUGGAACCCUUGUGCAGUGUUGGUGGGAAUAUAAAAUAAUACAGCCACUGAAGAAAAUAAUAUGGUGGCUCUUCAAAAAAUUAAAAACAGAAUUACUGUUUGAUCCAGGAAUUCUACUUCUGGGACUAUAGCCAAAAGAUCUGAAAGCAGGGACUUGAAGAAAUAUUGGUACACCCACGUUCGUAGCAGCAUUGUUCACAAAAGCCAAAAAGUAGAAGCAAUCCAAGCAUCCACAAUGGAAGAAUGGAUACAUAAAAUUUUUGUACAUACAAUGGAAUAUUAUUUAGAUUUGAGAAGGCAAUAAGUUCUGACACAUGCUACAGCAUGGAGGAGCUUAAAGACACUGUGCUAAAUAAAAUUAGCCAUUCACAAAAGGACAAAUACCGUAUGAUUCCACUUAUAUGAAUUACCUACAACAGUCAGAUUCAUACAGACAAGUAGAAUGGUGGUGGCCAGAGCCUAGUGGGAAGAGGGAAUGUUUAAUAGGCACAGAAUUUCAGUUUUACAAGAUGAAAAAAUUUCUGCAGAUGGAUGGUGAUGAUGGUUGCACAACAACGUGAAUGUGCCUAGUGCCCCUGAACUGUACACUUAAAAAUGGUUUAGAUGGUAAAUUUUAUGUUACAUGUAUUUUACCAGAAUUUUAAACAUUUUUAAUUAAAAAUUCAAAAACAAGAUACAAAAAAGUAUAUGCUGUAUGAUUCCAUUUAUUUAAGGCUCAAAAAUGAAUCAGUGAUGUUAGAUGUCAGGAUAGCGGCUACCCUUGGGAGAGGAAGGUAACUGGAAACAGGCAUGAAGAGGCUUCUGGGGGGUCCUGGUGAUUUUUCUUGAUCUGGCUGUUAUGACAUUGGGAUAUACAGGUUGUGAAAUUCUUUGAGCUAUACAUUUGUGAUGUGUACAGUUUUCUAUAAAAUAUUGCACUUCAGAAGGACUCCAAAAAUGUAGCUAACAAACACCACAACAGGCUACAGAGUCAGAAUCUCUGAGGGAUGGAACCAGGAGACCCUGUGUUUUAAAAAUCCCCCUUCCAAUUUUUUCUUAAGAACAUCGAAUGCUGGGAAUCUUUGCUAAAGGAAGGGAACUAGGUAAAUAUUUUAGCAAUGCCCAAGAAUUCUUCAAUCAUACUCUAACAAUAAAUAUUCCUUAGAAAAGAAAUUCUUGAUAUCCUGGAGUCAUUUACUUUCUCUUGUUAGGAAAAUCCAUAUCACCUUUCAGGUGCUAAGAAAGAACUAAAAUUAGCAGCAUAUAGAAAUGUAUUGUUUAAUAUAUUAUAUUUAAAAAUAUGAUUUCUUCUAAUGUGUCAGACACAGUAUAAGUUAGGGAUAUUUUAUUGAGGUCCUCUGAUAAAUGGCAGGUGCUAGGACCUAGUGGAAUUCGGGCAACUUCAUUAGAAGGUGAACUGUCACACCCCAGGGUGUGGUACAAUGUAAACAGGUUCAGAAAAGCCAGUUCUCCCACUUGUAAGCCACUUAGACUCCAUUUCAUCUCGCUGAUACCACCUCCAAGAUUUCAGCAGCUUUUACACUUGCUUGGUAAACCGAAAGUAUGUUUCUGGCAAAGGCUCUUUUGGAAGGAGCAGAUCAAGGUCUUGGCCAUGCUCUUGGAGGCCUUCUUGGAGGAGGCGGCCAGAGAAGAGGAGGAGAAGGAAAUAUUGGAGGGAUAGUUGGUGGGAUUGUGAAUUUCAUCAGCAAGGCUGCAGCAGCUCAGUAUACCCCGGAACCGCCUCCCACCCAGCAGCAUUUCACCUAUGUGGAGGCCAAUGAGAGUGAGGAAGUUAGGCGGUUUCGGCAACAAUUUGCACAGCUGGCUGGACCGGACAUGGAGGUGGGUGCCACUGACCUAAUGAAUAUUCUCAACAAAGUCCUUUCUAAGCACAAGGACCUGAAGUCCGACGGCUUUAGUCUUGACACCUGCCGGAGCAUCGUGUCCGUCAUGGACAGUGAUACGACCGGGAAGCUGGGCUUUGAAGAAUUUAAGUAUCUCUGGAACAACAUCAAGAAAUGGCAGUGUGUUUUUAAGCAAUAUGACAGGGACCAGUCUGGGUCUCUGGGAAGUUCUCAGCUGCGGGGAGCGCUGCAGGCAGCAGGCUUCCAGCUAAAUGAGCAGCUUUACCAAAUGAUUGUCCGCCGAUAUGCCGAUGAGGAUGAAAGUAUGGAUUUUAACAACUUCAUCAGCUGCCUGGUCCGCCUGGAUGCCAUGUUUCGAGCCUUCAGAUCCCUGGAUGGAGAUGCGGAUGGCCUGGUUCAGGUGUCUAUUCAAGAAUGGCUGCAGCUGACCAUGUAUUCCUGAAGUGGGCACUGAGAAGUCAGGUCGCCCCUGCAGGACAGGACCGCUGGGGUCCCCGCCGUGCUCUGUGCACAGUUGCGGAGACGCCAUCUAAAGCUGUCACUCCCUGCUGAGCCCUCCCUGUUUCUGAACUUGUGCUGCCUCUCCUGCUUAAUUAAAACAGAUUUUUCAUGAAAAAUUUUCUGAGUGGUUUGUAUAUCAGCUAUUUGAGAUAUAGGAUUUUUAGGGACUUAUAUAUGUGAUGGGGGGUGGUGCAGGGUGGGCUCUAAUGGAAUAGAUUUCAAUAGGUCAUUGCCUGUUUGACUUCCAAAGAGCAGGAAAUGUGUUAUUGUUAAGAAUGAGCUUUUGAAAAAAAAUCCUGGAGUGAAUUAAGAAAGCACUCAGGAGAUUUAGUUUCUCUUUAAAAAGAUGAGGAGGGAAGUUCAAAAUCUGUUUUUGUCUUAAUUUCAUAUCUGGUCUUUCCCUUGCAUUAAAAAAAAAAGUAAAGUAUUUUCCUGGAAACCCAUUUAACUGUAUAGAAACAGGUUCACAAAUGUGAAAUUAAGCAAUUUCAUAUAAGGGCAGAAUUUUUUUUUUAAUGAUGGAGCUACUAUCUAAAAUUCUAGAAGUCCUGUUUCUCUAGUAAAAUAAACAUGUAACAAUUUAAAAAGAUAUUUUAUUUACUUAUUAUUGUAUUAUUUCAUUGUUUUAUUUUGGCAGGGAGGGGAGAUAAUUAGGUUUAUUUAUUUUUAAGGGAGGUACUGGGGAUUGAAUCCAGGACCUCAUGCAUGCUAAGCAUGUACUCUACCAGUUGAGCUAUAACUCCCCGCCUCCCAAUUUUGUUUUGAUAUAUUUGUAGCGAGGGUCAGGGCAUUGGGAAAUAAAAGGGUGUACUUGUAGUCAAAAUAUCUCUGGCUGCCUUAAUGAAUCAAAAUGAUCACGCUUAACAUGCACUUCAGACAAACCCAGGCACAUCAGCUAUGUUAGCCAGCUCUUGUCAUGUCUUGCCCUGCCUCGGAGCAAGGAAUAUUCUUUCAUUCCUCUUUGAAAACUGCAGUCAGGAAAAAAGCAGACAGACAAAAAGAAAACGUACAUAAGUCAUAACCAGUUAUUUGGUAUUAAAAGCAAUAGAUACAUGAAUGUAUAUAAAUCUUGCUGACUCUUGAUGCAGUGGUUCGCAGCCCUGGCUGCAACUUAGAAUCACUGGGAAAGCUCUUUGGGAAUCCUGAGAGCUGAGUCCCACUCUAAGUGAGUUAAUAAGACUCCUUAGAGGUGGGGCCCAGAGAUGAGUAUUUUUAAAGGUCCAUCGGUGAUUCUGAUGCGUAACCGAGGUUGACAGCCUGUACUUCAAGGUAAGACCGUUUUUCGAUUCAAUCUCAACAGAAAAGUGAGACCUGGCAGGAGUCAGUGUUGACAGCACCCAAAAGAAGGAAGUAGGAGUAUGAAGAAACUGCCGCCCAGAAGCCAGGGUAGUUGUGCCUUUCUUGUGAAUGGCCCCUUGUUUGGCUUUUUCAUUCUGAUUCAGGUGGUGACAGCGGGGCACACAAUUCAGAGUCCCCCGCCAGUAGCCCCAGCUAAAGCGGUUGCAUUCGCCAGGGCUCUGUUCACCUGCCCACUAAUUGGUUUCCAUCCCUCCUGCUUUUCUGAUUUUUAAUGCAUUCCCUCUCUCCCAGUCUACUUUUGAGGAUCAUCCUGAGGUUGAAGAUAAAGCCUUACUCUUUUUUUUUUCUUUUCCGUUAUGGUUUAUUACAGGAUAUUGAGUAUAGUUCCCUGUGCUAUACAGUAAGACCUUGUUGUUUAUCUAUUUUAUAUAUAAUACUUUGUAUCUGCUAAUCUCGAACUCCUAAUUUAUCCCUCCCCCUACCCCCUUUCCCUUUUGGUAACCAUAAAUUUGUUUUUUAUGUCUGUGAGUCUGUUUCAUAAAUAAGUUCCUUUGUGUCAUGUUUUAGAUUCCACAUAUAAGUGAUAUCAUAUCAUAUUUCUUUUUCUGACUUACAUCACUUUGUACAAUAAUUUCUGGGUCCAUCCAUGAUUCUGCGAAUGGUAUUAUUUCAUUCUUUUUUAUGGCUGAAUAGUAUUCCAUUGCAUAUGUAUAUCACAUCUUCUUUACCCAGUCCUCUAUCAGUGGACAUUUAGGUUGCUUCCAUGUCUUGGCUAUUGUCAGUGGUGCUGCUAUGAACACUGGGGUGCAUGUAGCUUUUUGAAUUAGAGUUUUCUCUAAAUAUUUGUCCAGGAGUAAGAUUGCUGAAAUCCUUCCUCUUUUGACUCAUUUAGAAGAAAAUUAUAACGAUGAAAAUGAUAUAACUGACCUGUUAAGAGCCCUCAGCUGCCUGUUAGAAAUCCCCAGCGAAACUAGGAGAGGUUGGUAUUUGGCCUCUGCGUUCACCAUCAUCACCGUCAUAUAAUAUUUAUGAAACACCAUGUGCAUAUAAUUCUGAGUUGAGCCACGCACAGAGAUCACGUCCACCUUCCUCAGGGGAAUUGUAAUUUAAGCUUGGUCUGAUGAGCUGCUUAAACCAGGUGUGGUUAUAUAACAGUGAGGCAGCUGCCAGCAACCACACAUUAAUACCAGGAUCCCUAUUUUGGAGUAAGCCCGCUAACAUGUUAGGCAUGGGCGUAGUAGUAAUAUAGCCAGAAAAGGGGAAGGCUGCCAAGAUGCCUUUUAAGGUCUCAGAGUAUUAAGUUUAUAAUGUAACCUUUCCAUAUGAUGGUUGGGGAAAAGAAAAUGUAGCUGACUUUGCUCCCUUCACUUCAUUUUAAAUGUUUUAUGAAAGUUCAGACAAUUAUCUCACACUAGGGGUGGUAUUAGUUAAGGGAUUACCUGUUUUUAGGAUGCUUUUCCUGCAUACACAGGGCAAGACAUCCCGAAGUUACAUAAGUUUCUCUUUUGUUCUCUUCUGAAUUUGUGUAAAAGUUGUACAGGUAACCUCAGGCACUAGAGCACAUCCCAGAAAAUUUAGUCCAAAGCCUGGAUUUUUCCAAUAACCAGACCUUUGGCAUUAUAUGCCACCAAUAGCUUAACAAGUGAUUGAAUUUCUUAGUUUCCAUCCAAUGGGUUUUUUUUUUAACGUGAUGUUUUUAAAGGCACAUUUUCAAUGUAAGAGGGAGUUUUUACCUGAUAAUUGCUUUAAAAUUUUGCCUUUUCUACGUGGAAGACUACUUAUAGCCUAAGAUGAAGGACUUUGAUUCAUAGACCUCCACCUCAUUAUUCUUAAAUUUAUAAAAGCAAUACAAUCAGUAUAGUAAGUUGAAAAUAAUGAUUUUGCUUAAAUGUGACAUUAUACGUCUACAUUUUAAAAUUUCAAAAUAACCCAUAUAAUUUUGAAAAACACCUUAAUCUUGACGCAGUCCACUGAAUUCUAUAACCGAUAGCAACGAGAAAAUUUGUGUUCUGUACCUAAAAAACAGCAAAUGCCAAAAAAUAUUCAGAAUUUGUAUGUCAUCUUAAAGGACACUUUGAAAAUAUUUUUUGAGUAGUAGGGCAUGUGUUUUUAAAAGUUGAUUCAUAGAUUAACCUCGAUCAGAAAUUUCAUCAGUAAUGUUUCACAACUAACCCACAGCAGGGCCUUAAAAAAAUAUUUAAGGAGGCACCCGCAGGGCACUGAUUAUCUAAUGUACCUAUAGGUUUUUUUAAUUCUUAUUUUUUAUUGAAGUGUAGUCAAUUUGCAACAUUAGUUUCAGGUGUACAGCAAAGCAGUUCAGUUAUGCACAUACAUAUGUGUGUGUAUAUUUUCAGAUUCUUUUCCAUUACAGCUCAUUACAAGAAAUUGAAUACAGUUCCCUGUGCUAUACAGUAGGUCCCCAUUGUGUAUCUAUUUUAUAUAUAGUGUGUACCUAUUAAUUCCAAACCCCUAAUGUACCUAUGGAUCUUGAAGUGCUUUCAGAAUUACUUUUUUUUAAUGUCUUAUUUUUACUGCUAAGUGGAUUAAAACCAUUUAAUUCCUAGAAAAUUGGUCAUACAAUUAUGUAGGUGGGUAGAAAUAUCCUCUUAAUAAGAAUUUUGAGGUAAACAGAAUACCUCUUCCCUGAAUCUCCUGGGUAACUGGAAUUUACAGAAUUUGAAUACUCCUCCUCCUCAUGAGGAGUUCAAUUGGGUUUUAAAGGAAAGAACCGCAAAUUUGAGGAAUAACUUUUUAGCAUGAAACUGAUUUGAAAUUGAAAGAGUAUCCUUUAUUAUCCUUUGCUUGUAUACUUUAUGAUCUGUUUUUGAAUAUAUUUUAUCAAGUUACUUGCUUUAAUUUGAAAGAUUGGGAGUCAGAUUACCUAAAUUUUAAUUGUAGUUAUGGCAAUAACCAGUGAGUUUUGUGACUUCAAGUAAAACUUAUGUUUUGAUUUUUUUUCUUUAGGGAAAAUAUAGAAGUUGAAUGGAUGAUUUCUAAGAUUCCUUCUGGUUCUAAAUUUUAUUAUUCUGAAUUUGGAAACUUAACAGUGCAUCAUUUUAUUAGUCCAAUAAUAAAACCUCUCAGAAUAAUUUCCAAGCUGCCUUUUCUCCUUCACAUUAUGAGGAUGAAAACUUACAUAGCAUUUCCCAUGUGAUUGGUUAUGAAGAGUCAACUUUAACAUUCUUUUGCCAAAGCCUCUCACAUGAGACUAUUACUGAAAAUCAGGGGUCCAGGGUUUUACCUUGUUGUGUGACUAGCAGUAAUAUUAAAGUUCCUUUAUAUUUCUGUUUCUCCAUCUGAAAAGUAAGUCAUGAGGCCUGACCUAUGUUAUACAUAGGGUUCUGUGGUAUAGAUAAAAGUCAGAUGCUUCACAAUACAGAUACAACAGAAAUUCAAAGGAGGAUUUCCAAUCAUACUAUCUGUGACUGUGUCUUCAGUGUCCAUAGAUCAUUCUUCUAUCCAUUCUUCAGAACAUCUGUUCAAGCUGUCUGUGUUGCUUAGUGGAGAAAACUGAUGGCAGAAGAACCUUUAUUGAGCACAUAGCCACAGUUCAAUAAGCUGUUCAGUCUCCGAGGCCUAAUGAACAUAGUGCAUGGGAAAAGUAAAUGGUAGUGACACAACAGGGAGAAUUAUGUCCCUUAAAACUCUGCCUUCUCUGAAACUUCUGGGGUGGUGACAAUGUUGUAGAUACGGACUGCACACAGGGAAGGCAGUCCCCGCCCUGGGGGAACCCUUGAUGUUUGAAAUGUAGACACUUAGUCACCGUUAAAGAUUACAUUCUUUUCGGUGCCAAGCAUUAUUUGCUCACCUACCAAGUACCGCACUAGCUUUGUUGUUACUAGUUCAGAGUUUAUCUGGGAAUCCACCACUGGAAGAUCUUGCUGCCACAGUGGUUCCACACCUGGAUCGUAAUCCUCGUGCUCAUUGACUCUUCUCUUUCUCCCUCCUUCUCUCUCCUCCAACUUUCUCUUCCAAUCUCCAUCUCACUUUUCCUUUCUCCUCUUCCCCUUCCCUUCUUGUUCGUUCCCAUCCUCCCAUUUCCUGCCCCCUCCCUUCCUUAGGCUCUCUCUCCUUUCUCCCCAUUUCAUCCUCGCGGUGUCCUGUCUAGGUGAGUAGUUCAUGUGUGGGGAAAACGCUGCACUUAGCAUGGAUCAGAAUGACCAACCCCUUCUUUCUGUUGUCAUCAUGAAACACCUCCUGAGGGUGUAGACAUUAGCAUCAUACUCAUGAGGUUCAGUUUCCAGAGGUUUACAAGUGCAGGAUCUUCUGGGGCCUCUUGUCACCAAGGGGCCAUUGAGGUUGCUCAGGUUUACUCUGUUCUCCUGCUUUAUGGCAAAUUCAGCCUGGAAAGAAGAAAAGCUGCAGCUGUGAUCAUUGCCUCAGUUUGGCCUUCUUUUCCUUCUAUCUCCUACAUGUAGAGGGUCUCUUAGUGACCCACUGGUAUUGGCCAUCAUGGCAGGGUACCAACCACAGAGGAAGGAAGGCUUCAGUCCCAGCUGGGAUGAAAUCCUCCAUCCUGCUUCCCAGAGAGGCUCCCAUCAAGGCGGAGCUCCGGGACACACGCUGAGAACCAUAGAGCUGCUCCCAAAGAGCCUCAGUGAUAAAAUGUCUAUAUUUGUGGCUGAACAGAAAUAUAUUUCUCCUCCUUCUGAAUUGGGAAUGGGCGGGGCCGCUUGCUAGCUGUUCCAUCUCAGUGCACAAUGAUGUUGAGCUGCAUGGCAUGCCUGAAUUUUACCCUGCGGGCUGUGAUUAAUGGUAAUUCGACCAGUGGCCCUGCUAAUUGAUUUCUCCCAUCCUU